AUGGCUCAUAAAUCCAAGAAUUUGCAAUCAGAGAAUGCCAAGCUGCGGCAAGAAAUCCGAAGUCUACAGUCAGCACUAAAAGACAUCAACCACGAUGAGUCCCCAAGUAACACAUGGAAAGUUUCUUAUUCAAAUAAAAGAAAUGAAAAAAGCCCUUUGGUUUCAAGAGAAAGACGAGAAAGGCUAAGGCGAGAAAUCGAAGACAAGCUUGACCGAGGCAUUUUUAGUCCUCCAAAAUCUCCAGUGACUAUCAAAAAUAAGCCUAAACAAGAGCAAAUCAUUGAAUCGCUGCCAUUAGUCAAGCAAGACGUAGGCACAGACACUAUGCACUUUAUUGCAAGUUUUGGACCUCCAAAAACGAGAGAAAUAUACAAAGAAGAAAUCCAAGUAGAAGAAAACCCAAGCUUUCAGGAAUCUGACUAUUUAAAUGUAGAGAAAACGUCUGAGCCUAAUAACUCUAUUCAUGCAGAGAUAGGAAAACUAAAAGAUUCAGUUGAAGAUAUUUAUAAUUCUUUGGAAAGUAUAUGCUCUGUCUAUAUGAAUUUAUUUUUUAAAAUAAUUAAUGGUUUUCAUUAUUUACAGGAUAAGGUUUCAAAUUUUCAAGAGAAAAAUACUACUAUUUUACGUUUGGAAUAGAUAAAGAUAUGCUUCAAGAAAGCACCAAAAGUCUGCAAUCUUCUCAAGUCAGAUGAAACCCAGUAUAUAAGCAAGAAGAUGAAAAAAUGAUCAAAGACUCAUUUAAUUCUUAUUACUCAGAAGAAGAAAGCAAAAAACAGUCUUUAAAAGAAGAAGAGCUUUCUACCUCAAGAAAAAACGAAAAAUCGCUUAUCAGUGAAAUUGAAGCUUUGAGACAAGAAAACAAUGCAUUAAGGCAACAAUUAGCAAAUACUUCAAGAGAAAAUACAAGAAAAAAGAAAAAAACAAGAAAAAGAAGCACAUCGAAUAAUUCCACUAUAAAAGAGACAGCAGUAAUUCAAAAUUUACAAGAAAACGAAAAAAAAUCAACCACGUCUAGAAGAGCAGCCAUUAUUAAGAAAUCGACUACCCCAAAAAGAUCGAAAAGUCCAAAACUUUCUAAAGAUGAGCCUCCUCAAAAAUUGGUAACACUUCCUAGAAGAGAACGAGCCACAACUCCCAAAAAACCAAAAGAAAUCCACACAUCUCUUGAUGAUGGUGAAAUGCACACUCCAAAAAGCAAAAGAAGAAAUAUUUCUUGCUAUUUGAAAUCUCCAAAAAUAAAUAUAGGUAGAAGUGCAUCAGUCCAUUCUUUUACAAAUUUCCCUUUAACUCCGACAAGAUUAAGACAUUGCCCGACAUGUGAUCAUUUGUUGUCAAAAGGAUAUUCUACAGUUCACUGUGCCAAGCAUGGAUUUGCGACGUCAAAGAGUCCUAGGUCUCUUUCUAAUCGUUCAAGACAUGAUAUACUGAUUUAUACUCUAAAUGUUUUAUCCUGGUAGACAGUGACUAUUUUAAUAUAAAAUAGAUACUUAUUAUCAAAGUAUUCAAUCUCUUUAAAUAGGAAUAACUAA